CCGUAUUCACAUCAUACAAUCUAUAAAGAUGAAAAAACAAAGUAACCAAAAGGAAACAAAACCAUCAGAACAGGAUCAAAAUGAUAAAGCAGUUAAAAAAUCCCCAAAUAAAGGUUCCACUGCCGAAACCAAUGAAGCUAACAGUAAGGGUGAAACGGAAGGGCAUCAAUCAGAGGAUACAAAUAAUAAGAAAAACGAGGGUAAAAAUGCAGAAGAAGUACAUGGAAAGUCUGAGGAAUCUAAUGAAAAAAUAACGGGAACGAUGGAAAUUACUUGUCAAAUAAAUAGCAUGAUAAUUCAAGAUUUGAAUGACAAGUUUAAAAAUUUAGAAAAGAAACUGCAAGAUACUGUCAAAAGUUCAAUUGAAAAUUUAAAACAGGAACAGGAAAAGAGGGAAUGCUCAAUUCAGGAUUUGAAAAAGAAAGAGGAACGAUUUGACGAAUUUGUUCGUCAAAUAGAAAUGCUAUGUCAAAACUUCAUUGAAAAGAAAAAUCAAUCUGUCACAACGGUUGACGUAGAUAAAUUCGAGAAAUUAAUUCAAGUUCUUCGCGAAUCUGUCGAAAAAUUGACUUCGUUGAUAGAAUGUAAAGAAACACAUAAAACUAAAGAAACGAAUUAAUAAUAAAUUAUUUAAAAAAGAUAA